UGUCGCGUGCGGAACCGAGAGCUUCUAUCCAAUACAAGAUUCGGAAAAGGUAUGGGUCUGGAGUGGGUCGUAGUUGUAUUGCUAAUCGCCUCGACCGGUGGACAGUUUGUGCAAGAGAACUGUCCCAUCUACUUCCGCUAUGUCAACGAUGCCUUCGGUGGUAUCCAGGGCGAGAUUACGCUGUCCUCUUUGCAACCGGGCACCAAUCGCAUCGAUGCUCGUUUCUGGCAGGAGGGAAAUUCUGAUGCCUCAUCGGUGGGUGGCCUGAACCCGUACCCGGAUGACGAUGCGAUUCGAUUGGGCAGGGGACCCUUCAAGUUCCGCGUCGCCUUCAGAGCGAGUCCACCCAAAUUGACCCGACUGUCGUACAACGAUCAGCUGCUGUGCUCGGCCAGCGAAAACGCUGGUGGGGGAUCUGUGAGCUACCAUAAUCGCUUCUAUGAGAAGUUCCUGACUGAGCCGUUUCCUUCCCCCGCAUUCCAAACCUUUCCCAGGGAUGACUUCGAUGUCGGUGUGCAAACCGUACAAUUUCCCUCUUCUCGCGGCAGAGAUGUUUUACCUGGUUUUACGCAGACCUGGCGGACAUCCACCGAUAGAAGACCUACCUUCAGGCAACCUCAGUUUACCACCCAAGCGCCGACUUUCUGGCAGCCACCAGAACCCAGACAACCGGCGACUUUUGGGCCACCUCCAAUAGCAACUAAUCCUCCAGCGACGAUGGCGCCACCUCAAAGAUUUGAUCCGCGAUCCACUGCGUCACCAAUAACCUGCGGCAGAGAGGGCAGCCUAAUUCCCUUUAUCGUCCGGGGCACCGAGUAUCCACGCGGUCAGUAUCCCUGGCUAGCAGCCCUCUAUCACAAGGUGUCGCGUUCCCUGACCUUCAGGUGCGGCGGUUCCCUGAUCUCUGCCAGCAUUGUCGUCAGUGCCGCCCACUGUGUGUACCGGAUGUCGGAGGACAGCGUGGUCAUCGGACUGGGUCGCUAUGAUCUGGAUAACUACGGAGAGGAGGGGGCCGAGACGCGAAAUGUGAAGCAACUGCUCUGGCACCCAGAUUACAGUACCCGCUCGGUUCCCGAUGCGGAUGUCGCCCUCAUCACCAUUGAUCGGCCAGUCAAGUUCAAUGAUAUUAUUGCGCCCAUUUGCUUGUGGACGGCAGAGGCGAGCAGUACGGUGAGCACCUCCGGCUUCAUUGCGGGAUGGGGCCGAGAUGACGACAGCAAGGACAAGGGUCGAACGCAGUAUCCCCGGGUUGUGGAGGCGGACAUCGCCAGUCCCACGGUCUGUGCCAGCACCUGGAGGAUACCGAUGUUGCUCUCGGAGCGAACUCUGUGCGCCGGCAAUCGCGAUGGAUCCGGACCCUGUGUCGGCGACUCCGGCGGCGGACUGAUGGUCAAGCAGGGCGAUCGAUGGCUACUCCGGGGAAUUGUUUCGCUCGGCGAACGCGGACCAGUCGACAAGUGCCAGCUGGAACAGUACGUACUCUACUGCGAUCUUUCGAAGCAUAUGGACUGGAUAAACGACAAUAUCCGCUGAGCUGCGCAAGUGCUUUGUAUACAAUUAGAUUAAAGAACCCUUAGGCCAAA